AUGUCGAAAUGCGCCCAUCUGGACCAGAUGCGUCAGGGGUCCAACCUUGCCGUAGACCUGAUCCAGUGCAAGAGCUGCGGGGAGAUCCUGUUCAAGCACCACUUCGCGAAGACGAGCGACCAGAUGCUACUCCAGUGUGUUCGCUCCCGGCAGUAUAUCCACCGCCUGGAGACCACGGGUACGGCCCAGCCCGUGGCGCCCAGGAUGAACCAGUCGAGCUCCUCGGACAGCGAGGCCACGGCGACGACAACGGCGCCAACGUCAAUGCCUCCACCGAGCCCUCCAGGGGCCACCAAGAAGUUGCCCGAGCGCCUGUCGGCCGAGGUCAUUCGGAAGCUCACGGACACGGAGGUGCAGCAGAUCAUCGAGAGCGAGAGGAUCAAGAUCCGCCAGGAGGAGCAGCAGCGCCUCGCGAAGGAGAUCCUCCAGAAGGGCCUCAUCGACACGCCGACGGACCCGACGGAGGUGGACGACAGGGCCAGGCCGAGCAAGAGGCUGGGCGUCAGCCAGAUGCCCAAGGCCAGCCGGAGACCUUCAUCUUGUGUGAAGAGCUGUGUAUUCGGAGCGCUGAUCGCGGCGACGGCGGCUCUGGGAGAGAUACCGGGCACCGCCUGGGAGGCAGCCGAGACCUAUGGCAGGCUGGACCUCGCAGAAGUGGCCUGUGUGUCCGACUCCAGGCUCACGCACGCGAUGAUCGGGCAAGGAGGCAAGGCCGAGAGAUUCAGCGACUGGAACGGGUAUGACUUCUCCACCAGGUCGGGUGCAGAGAAGCUCGUGAAGGCUUUGCGGGUCAAGAGGCCUCGAAGAGUUUGGUUUUCCCCACCGUGCGGAGCAGAGUGCCCAUGGCAGAAUCUGAACCCCGUAACGGCGGAGUCGGAGAAGAAGCUGAUCAAGACCAGACGUAUCCAGCGGAACGUCAAAUGGGCUAUCGGUCAGCUGCUGAACGAGGGUUUCUGCGACAUAUACCUCGAGCAGUCGGGACGCUGCAGGUCGUGGACAGGCAACUUCAAGGAGCUCAAGGAGUCCAUGCAUGGCUGCAGGAUUCACGGGUGCAUGUAUGAUAUGAGAGACGAGCAGAGCGGUCUCCUCAUACGCAAGGACUGGCACAUCGCGACCACUGACCCGCAGUUUGAGAAGAAGGUUGGGAGGACCUGCCCUGACUUGCAUCUGCAGAUGCCGCUGGAAGGCGGCACGAGGGUGGCACUGUCAGCGAAUUAUCCCGUGAACCUGUGCCGGAGGAUCGCCCAGCACUUCAUGACCAGGGCCACCUCGGACGAGGCCCUCGCCUAUCUGGUGCAGGCCCACAACGAGUUGGACGACGAGCUGUGUGCAGCGGGCUACAGGCGCUUGCGGGAGAAGCGCCCACAGCUCCCGAGAGUCAAGGAGAAAGCGCAGGCGGUCAAGUACCAGCUCCUGAUCCGGACGAAGCUGGAGAUGCUCAAGUCCCUCCAGAAGGCGAGGAGUGUCCAGACCUGUACCAAGGCAGAGUUGCGCGAGCUGGAGGCCAUCAUCGCACACAUCCAUCGGAAUUUCGGACACUGCAGUAUGAGCACGGUCAGCGCCGCCCUCAAGUCUCGCAAGACGGACCAGAAGAUCAUCGACCUUUGCAGACACUACGAGUGUCCGUCCUGUAAGGCAGCUCAAAGGUUUCAGAUGCGACCUAUUGCCAGCUCAGAACCAACGUUACCCGCUCCUGGUACCGAGAUGGGUUGCGACAAUUUCUACUGGACACAUCCUCGACGAGCCUACCAAAUUCGUGGGACCCUCUGUGCAGACUAUGACAGCCGCUUUACCCAGACGCCGAUUCCCUGUCAGAAGGGGGUCGAGGAGCAUUGCGGCAACACCACCGCGAAGGAGAUGAAGGAGGUAGUGCUGAAGGACUGGAUCCACCACUACGGCAAGCCGGAGGUUUUCAGGACAGAUCCCGAGGGUUGCUUCAAGCAGGUCGAGCAGCGCGCCUGGGUCUCGGGUAACGGCAUGGAGUGGAGACCGGAACCCGGAGAAGCUCACUGGCGAAUGGGAGUGAUCGAAAGGUGCAUCGAGACUGUCAAGGAAAUCGCCACUCGCCUCGCCUGGGAGCUACCAGACGACACAGAUCCCGCGGACAUCUUUCGCUGGGCUUGCGUGGCCAACAACGACCUGAUGCGACACCAAGGCUACAGCCCGAUGAUGCUCAUGAUGGGUCGCACCCCGUCGGGGCAAGGCCUGGAGCAAGUGGAGAAUCCUUCGGUCCUGAGCGCAAAUGUGGUGGACAAACACUUCCAGGAGGUCACGCGCAUCAAGGCGGCUGCCUACAAGGCGUGCGUGGACCACUACCUGUCGGAGAAGACGAAGCGUGCCCUGCUGGUCAAGACGAGGCCGUUCAAGACAUGGGAGCCUGGUGAGAAGGCACACUACUGGCGAGGUGCGAAGAUUAACAGUCACAAGACUCGACCAGGUAUCGCUGGUCGAUUUCACGGUCCCGCCACUGUCUUGAUGCAGGAGCGCGAGAUGAAGAACGGAGUUGCGGUGCGUCGAGGAGUUGUCUGGCUUGUUGACGGUGACCGUCUCGUACGAGCAGCGGCCGCUCACCUCCGCACGACUACGAAAGCGGAGCGGACCCUGGAGAGCAUCUCCGCAGGGAGCUCCGACCACUUCAAGAAGAUUCUUCAGGAGUUGACGAAGGGUGCUUACGACGAUGUGGUGGAUCAGCCUGGUCCGGGAGAAUGGGACGAUAUUCCAGAAGGGGCUGCGCCUGAGGUCUCACCGCCUCCUAUGCCCGCGCAGAAUCCAGCUGAACCGGCACCGACGCCGACCAGAGACCAGUUCGAUGAGAGCGAGCCACCACCAGAAGGUUACAACAAGCGGGAAGCCAGUAAGGAACCUUCUGAAGAUCCAGAUCCCAAGAGACAUCGCGCCGACUUUGCUGGGUACGUGGGCCAUCUGUGCCAGAAGGCGUCGACGCUUGUCAUGCCCGAGCUCGGUCGUGCCGAGCCCGAAUCUGAGGGCAGUGCGAAUUGGGUCUCACCCUGGGAGUAUGAUCAGAAGACGAAGGCUUCCGACCUGGUGGGCUUCGUGGGCGAGGACGAGCCGAACCUCGCGAUCAUGAUCGGCUUCGCGCUGGAGGAGUCGGAUAUGGAUCAACUCAGCCGGAGGCCUGACAAGGCCCUCGCCGCGAUGGUCAAGCAGAACAAGGUCGAGGUGAAGCUCAAGAACCUUACGGCAGAGGACCGUGAGAAGCUCCCGAUCGCGAAGGGUAACGAGAUCAAAUCUUUCCUCAAGUAUCGAGUCUGCGAGGCAGCCAGUCGUGCAGGAGUGCACCCUGGAGCCCUGUUGAAGAUGAGAUGGGUCAUGACAAGGAAAGAGACGGGCGACCUUAAGGCUUUCCUGGGCGUCUCCGCCUCGAUGGGCUUUCAGGUCUUCAAGGGUGACGUCAAGGCAGCUUUCCUACAAGGACAGCUCAUAGGUCUGGCCGUAGCCCACGUGGACGACCUCAUGAUUGCGAUUGACCAGCACUCGGACCUUGCAGUGGACGCCCUCCAGCAGCUCCAUCAAGCCUAUGAGUGGGGAAGCUGGGAGACUCAAGAUUUUGUUCAGUGCGGGACGCGGAUUCGACAAGAAUAUGAUGGACGCACGAAGUCAUGGGGCCGUAUCCAUCUUAAUAUGAAUGACUACGCCCAGGAGCUCGUUGAGAUAGAUAUUCCCGCACAUCGACAUCGUGAUCCCGAGCAGCCGGUGACAUCGUCAGAAGCUACCCGUCUACGAGCCGCCUUCGGUCAGCUCAUGUGGUUAGCUACGCAGGGCGUGCCCCUCAUCGGGGCAGAGCUGUCACGGCUGCUGGCUUACAGUGAUUUCGCCACGGUGAAUACUCUCCUGCAGGCCAACAAGCUCAUCAGGCGCACCAAGUUCGAGGCGACCGAAGAGCUCAUCAUGGAGAAGCACGCGAAUCCGUGUGCGGUCGGCUAUUCGGACGCAGCCUGGUAUGUUCGACGUGAUGGUUCUUCACAGGGUGGUUUCUUGAUCUUUCUGACCGACUAUACCUUGAUGCAGAACCGAGAGGCGCCGAUCUCUCUGCUGGCUUGGGCAUCGGCGAAGUUGCCGAGAGUGUGUCGGAGCUCGAGCGCGGCCGAGGUACAAGCCGCCAGUGAGUUUUGCAGGCUGCUGCUGAGCGAGAUCCUGCUGGGACCCGCGCCUCUCAAGCAGUGGACUUCUAGCUGUGCGAAGAUUCCUGGCGCUUUGGUCCCGGACUGCCGCGGCGUGUUCGAUGCUCUGGAUCGGUCCGAGAGCAGCGCCCUCGGCAUGAAAGACAAGAGGAGCGCGCUGGAGGCCCAGGCCCUCAAGCGCGGCAUGGCCGCCACAUCCACAUCCCUGAGGUGGUGUCACAGUGGUGCGCAGCUGAGCGAUUGUAUGACCAAGAACUCAGACAAGGCUCGCGCCAGCUACAACCUUUGGCAGCAGCGAGGCACCUGGAAGUUGAUAUACGACGCUAAUUUUAUUUCCGAGAAGCAGAGAAGACAGCGAGGACUGCAGACACUAGACCAGGCCACAUAUUUCGCAGUUGAUGACGACGAUGCCUGGCAGUUGUACACGGAGGAUUUGGAGAUCAAGGAGGAGGCAGAUAUUCCCCAAGACUUUCGUCUUUCGGAAGCGGUGAGCGUGAUGAGACAUGAUGAUACCUCCGUGCAGUAG